ACGUUGUGCUGCUCUUUCCUCUCUCUACCUGUCACCUCCCUAGCGUGAGCACCAAGAAAAAAAACAACCAGAAGAAGAAAUUGACAGACAACGGAAACGCGCCGUCGAGACCGACCGAACCGUCAACCACAAGCCGCUGUCCACAUUUUUUCCCGUCUCCCUUGUUUCGCCUCCGCACAGCAUGUCCGCUCAGAUGUACGAGGACCAGGCCUAUGGAGUCUCACGACGGCCGUCGCUCGCUACGCCGCCCCCGUCGAUGACCCCCCAACACAGUCGCGUCCGCAGCCAAAGCGUCCGAGUCAGCAACGGCACCGUUAGUACUAAUACGAGUGUCUCGAGUGGAAGGAUGUCGGAGGCUACACAUGUCACACAGCCGCCAGCGUAUUCGAAGAAGUUUGUGGUCGUUGGAGACGGUGGCUGCGGCAAGACCUGUCUUUUGAUCAGUUACUCGCAGGGAUACUUUCCAGAGAAAUAUGUGCCCACGGUGUUCGAAAACUACAUUACGCAGACUACCCACCGUGCCUCGGGGAAGACGGUCGAACUGGCCCUCUGGGACACUGCUGGACAGGAAGAAUAUGACCGACUGCGACCCCUCUCCUAUCCCGAGACCGAUCUACUUUUUGUGUGUUUUGCUAUCGACUGCCCCGCUUCGCUAGACAAUGUGACGGACAAGUGGUACCCCGAAGUGCUGCAUUUCUGUCCAACAACGCCAAUCAUCCUCGUCGGCCUCAAAUCUGAUCUGCGCUCAAAACGAACAUGCGUCGAGCUCCUUAAGACACAGGGUCUGACGCCUGUCACGCCCGAGCAGGGCGGUGCCGUCGCGCAGCGCAUGGGCGCCUCGUACGUCGAAUGCAGCAGCAAGGAGAUGAUUGGCGUCGACGAGGUGUUUGAGCUUGCCGUUAACACCGUCGUCUCUGUGGAGCAAGACGGCUGGAAUACCAACCGACAAAGCACAACCUCGAAAAGCGCAGCAGGCGGCGGCGGCGGCGGCUUCGCUGGCGGGAAGAAGGUCAAGAAGCGCAGUUGCAAGAUUUUGUAGAAUGCUAGCCUCUCGUCUUCUUUUUCUGUUUUUUUUUUUAGCCUGGGUUUUCCCUGAGCCUGGUUGCUCGGAUGUUCUCUCUUGUACUUGACAUGUUGAUGUUGAUGCCAGCUGGAAUGAAUCAUGUGUGAUAUCCAGCGAUGUGUUUUUUGUUUCUUUCUUUUUCUUA